AUGGCGGCGAAAUCGCGAAUGACUGUCAUAUUUGUGAAAGAUGUUGCUUUUUCGCCAUCUGUAUCAUGUAAUAUUCUUUAUGGUCAAGAAAAUGUCGAUAGGAAUGGGGAUAAAAUUAUAUAUGUGGACGAUGUUGUUCCCAUGCAGGAAAACAAGCUCAAACAAAUGCCGAACAAUACUCUCGAUAAUGACUCAAUUAUAGACUCUCGAAAUUCGAAAUUUAUACUUGGGUUUGUUUGCAACAGUAACAGUGUGGAUCGUGAAAUAUUGGUUGAAAUAUUGAAACAAGAAGUGAAAAUGAGAUCAUUUGGUGUUCUUGUAAUAUCUAUAAAUGAAAUAUUCAGUGGAAAAUCGCUUGUACUCAUACAGUCAGAUCAUUCUGGGCAAACGCCCUAUUGCAAUAUCGAGAAUGUGCCUGAAAGUGAAGUCCGUAUUGUUUGUCUAAAACGGAAUUUAAGCCUUUCCAAGUUGAGUUGGUUACGUUCAGUGGAUUCAGAUAAGACUAUUAGAAAAAAAGAAAAGCUAUCGAGGCAUACUUUGAAUGGAAUAACUAGAGGUCACCAAGCACAUAUGGCAGAUGAAACUAGGAGAAAUGAAAGUCAUAAAAGUUCUGUCUUCAAACUGCUAUUUGUGUCCAUUUCAUGGUUACUCAGUUUCAUGCGGCCUGGCCUAAAAUUCCCAACAAUUCUAAAACAAUUCUUUAGCCAUUUGCCUAAAUAUCUAUUUGUUGCAAAACAACUGUCAUACCGAUUUGAUCAAAUUUAUAAUAUGUUCGUCAACAGACAGGGAAGCCAUGAGCAAGUUAAUAUUAAUUCAAAGACAAUAACUAAUGGAAACCUGGUUAUGUCAUUAUUAAUCGACAUUAUUUUGGGGUUUCUUGUCAUAUAUUUUGUGUUUUCGAACCAGCAUUGUCUGUACAUAUCGUCAUGGCUAAUUGGUCAGAAAUACAAUAUUGCAGAAAACUUAUCAAGCCUGCUCAAAUGGCUGAUGGGUGCACCAGCUGGUUUCAAAUUAAACAUACCACUAAAUCAAUUCUUGGGAAAUUUCUACAUCUAUCAUGUACAUCUAUGGACAAACUAUCUUUAUUUUGUUGAGGCAUAUUUACCAAAAAUAAUUCUAUGCUGCACACUGGCUGGAUGUCUUGGUGUAACAUUCCUGCUUGCUUUGUUAUGUGACGUAUUGUUACUUCUAACCGUACAUAUUUAUUGCUUCUAUAUUUAUGCUGCAAGACUUUUUUGUCUGGAAAUUCAUGUCUUGGCUUCAUUGCUCAGGUUAUUUACUGGUAAGUAAGAUCUAGCCCAGUUAGAUUUGCUGGUAUUAUACUUGAAAAUGAAAAAUUCUUCAUUUCAAAUGAUUUAGCUGCCAAAACACAUGUGGCUUGGUCAUGGCAUAUUGUCAGACCAAGUUUCGAGGGUUACAUACUUAUAUAUUCAACUCUGCAGUACUGAUGGGGGAGGUACUGAUCAGGGGACACUGAUCCAUUAAUGGAAAGCAACUAUUGACAAAAGCAGGAUGCAUCAUCACUGGGGGUAGCAAAUCUUCGAGUUAAGCCCCUCGAGUUAAGCCCAUUGAGUUAAGCCCCGACCACGCCCUUUUGAGUUAAGCCCUGACCACGCCCAUGCCACACCCAUUUCCGUUGAGGGCUUAACUCGAAGUACAUAACUGGAGUUAGGAACUUCGAGUUAAGCCCUCUAGAAAAUAGGGGCUUAACUCGAGCAAAGUCAAAUAUUUUGUUCUUCAAGUUAAGCACCAACGUUUGAAAGACGAGUUACAGUUAAUCUGAUCCCAAACAAAUCAAAUUAUCAUUUGGAUCGCGUUUCGUUCAAUCACGGUUAUAUUAGGGACUUCAAGAUUGAUGUUUACAGCUAAUCUCUAACCGCAAACGGCAAACUUCAACUCGUAAUUUGAAGUCGACUGUUAGCUGUUCGAAGUUAGAGCAACUUGUGCAUAAAAAUUGGACUAUGAAUUAGCUACUUUUAGCUAAUAAAGGACUAAAGAUUGACCUUUUCUGCUGUAAAGGUCAAUCUUAAAAUAUUAUCAAAUUUUAUACCGGUGUCCCAAAAAACACCGGACUCUGUUUGAUUUCAUGUAACGUAAAAGCUAAAGAUCAUUGCAUUCAUAAUGGACUAACUUAGAUUUUGAUAUAUAAAACACUUAAAUUUACAUGCAAUAUUGUGCGAGAUACAACCAAAAUAAAUAUAUUUAUUAUUUAACAAUUAUAACUACAUAUUCUGUAAAUUAUAAUUAAUCACGAAUGUGUCAUUUUAAUUUAAAAAUGAGCUCAGGGCUGGUUAUGAUAAUUAUGCAUACGCAGGUAUGUUAUUGAAGUUCAAUUCAUCAACUUAAGUCCUAAAUAGUAAAACUUAAAGAGUUAAUUUUCAAUAGUUUUAGACCCAAUUCUUAACGGUGGAAAUAUGCACUUUCGAUGGAAAUAUGCACUGUCACAUUACAUGGUUCUUACAACUAUUCAAGUCUUCAUUAUAUGGAACGAUUUCAUUAGACUGUACACAUUUCAAAACGAAAAGCGGUCGCAAAAUUUCGAUCGCCUCACAAGUUGCGAAAUGCAAAUCUACCUUAAUAUACCGGGUGUCCCAAAAAACUGGACGCUGUUUGAUUUCAUGAAACGUAAAAGCUAUAAAAGCGAUAAUGCAUUCAGAAAUGACUAACUUCGAUUUUGAUAUAUGGCACUUGAAUUUACAUGCAAUAUUGACUGCACUAUUGAUGUUUGAACACUGAACUACUAUUUUUGAAAAUGCAAAAAAAUAGCAUAAUACAACACUUAUAAUUGCUAAUCAAAAUCUAAGUCCAUUAUGAAUGCAAUGGUCUUUAUUUCAUUGUUAUAGCUUUUAUAGCUUUUGCGUUACAUGAAUUACAGAAAUCAAACAGAGUCCGGUGUUUUUUGGGACGCCAGUAUAAAAUUUGAUUAAUUGACCUUUACGGCAGAAAAGGUCAAUCUUUAUUCCUUUAUUAGCUAAAAGUAGCUAGAAUUCAUAGUCCAGUUCUUAUGCACAUGCUGCUCUAACUUCGAACGGCAAACAGUUAACUUCAAAUUACGAUUUGAAGUUUGCCGUUUGCAGUUUGCCGUAAACGUCCAUCUUAAAGUCCCUAUUAUAUAUAAUACGUCGGCUGAAAUAAAACGUAUUGAACCGUGAUUAAACAAAACGUGAUCCAAAUGAUAAUUUAAUUUGUUUGGGAUCAAAUAAACCGUAACUCGUUUACAUCUUUCAAACGUUGGGGCUCAACUCGAAGAACAAAAUGUUUGAGUUAAGCCCCUAUUUUGUAGAGGGCUUAACUCGAAGUUCCUAACUCCAGUUUAGUUAUGUACUUCGAGUUAAGCCCUCAACGGAAAUGGAUGUGGUAUGGGCGUGGUCGGGGCUCAACUCGAAAGGGCGUGGUCGGGGCUUAACUCAAAGGGCUUAACUCGAUCGAAGGGCUUAACUCGAAGAUUUGCUACCCCGUCACCGGGGUGCUAUAAUAGUAGUGUGCUAGAGAAACAGCCCCCUACAGUAUUGAAGGGGAUAGUUGGUGGUAUCGGGGGAGGGGGGACAGAAUGUAUUUCAUAUGAAAUUGGCAAGAAUCUAUUUCAUAUGAAAUUGACACACUCUUGCCAAGGUUGGCUGGCAUAUUGUGCACCAUGGGGUGGAAAAGUAGUCAAUGAUACCCCCCCCCCCCUUUAUUAUUUAACCCUCCAAAGUCUGCAUGCAUCAAAUUGUUGCCCCCCGCCCCCAUGCUGCAUGACCACUUUUAAUUUUAAAACUUCCCACUGUAUUUUGAGCAUUACUGUAUUUUUGUAUUUCACUUUCUAUUUGCAGGAAAGAAAUGGAAUUUUCUACGUAGCAGAGUUGACUCUGUUGAGUAUGAUGUGGAUAGGUUGUUUAUUGGAACUUUGCUAUUUACAAUCUUAUUGUUUCUUUUUCCUACGGUGUUUCUUUAUUACAUUGUCUUCACUAGUCUUAGAUUGUUGGUUUUACUUGUGCAAUCAUUCUUAUAUGGUGUGGUGGCUUUGUUGAAUUCAUUUCCUUUCUUUGGAUUAUGGUUGUACGUUGUGAACCCAGAGAAGUUACCAGGUAUGACCUCAUAAUAUAAUUUUAUCAUUAGCAGUACAGGAGCACACCCUGGCUAUAUAAAAUCAGUGUCAUUUAAGUUAAAUGUAACAGUAUUACUAGGCCUCAUAAAGUGAAAAGGUCGCCCAAAGGGUUUAUGGAGAGGUUCAGAUUUGACCUCUCACUGGCUUAGUACUACAUAUCCGAUGGUUGGUCGGUCACUGUCAGAAAUGUCUACCAUCUCUUGCAUGGUCGUUCUAGCAACAAAUCCACUGGCGUUCAUAAGAUCUCUAGUAGAAUUAUUAAAAUAGCUGCACCUGCUAUUUCAGAUUCACUGACAUAUAUUUUCAAUCUGCACGCUAUUGCCCUGUCCCUUUCCUCUUACGAAUGCACAACGGCUAGAGUAAUACCUCUCUAUAAAAAUAGCCAACGAAACCUGCCAGGAAAUUACAGACCAAUUUCAGUUUUGCCCGUCAUUAGCAAAAUUAUGGAGCGAAUUCUUUAUGAUCAACUAUACAAUUAUUUAACCAAAUUUGGACUUCUGAGCGAUUGUCAAUUCGGUUUUCGCGUAAAUUUCACUCCACAGCUACAACAUUUCUGGACUGUAGAAAUUAUUGGUAUAUGAAUUUAGAUCGGAAAAUGUUUAACCUAGUAGUCUUAAUUGACUUGAGAAAAGCAUUUGAUACUAUUGAUCACCAAAUAUUAUUGAGGCUUAUGGAAUAAAAGGGCAAGCUUUACCUUUUCUAGAAUCGUAUACUAUCUCUCAAAUAGAAACCAAAAAUGCCAAAUACAAGGGUCUGUUUCAUCAGAUAAAUUGAUCAAAUGUGGCGUACCACAAAGCUCUAUUUAAGGGCCCCUGUUUUUUCUAUUAUAUAUUAACCAUUUGCCUCAAUGCCUGGAUAAAACAAAACCUCGGUUGUUUGCUGACGACGCUAACCUGACAGUUUCUGGAGACUCUAUUGCUGAUCUUGAAACUGCAGUGACCUUAAUGGUAGCGAUAGUGGUGAUCAAAUCUGAAUCUCACUACUGAGAGAGGUUCAGAUUUGAAUUUCAUACACCACCGUUACCGUUUGAAAAUUUGUAAGAAAUGUUUGGGGGAACUGACAAAACUUCAAAACGUAAAGUUCAAAAUCUUUCAAAACUUAGAAUUUACGUUUGCAAGAUUCCUACUCUGAUCACAGAAACUAUAAUAGUGUAAACCAACCUUAGAUGCCUUAGGCCUUUAAAGGGAAAUGGCAAUAGUUUUUUUAUUUUUUAUUUGAAAGAACUUUUAAGUCUAUAUAUAAUAUUCUUUUACCGUUUUUUCAUAUCUUGCUUACUUCUACAAAUAUUUUGAUUGAAAGGAAUGAAAUGUCCACCAUCUUGUAGAUGUGCAUGUCACGUUACAACUGGGGUCACACAAUAUUUUUAUCUAGACAAACACUAUACUCUGUCUGCCCUUCGAAAUAUCAAGAUCACUCAAAACCUUUAAAACAUCUACCAAUCAAUAUUUGGUCAGCAACGAAUACUUUUUUUGGUUAAUCCCUCAUCAAAACUACCGUUAAUAAGAUCAAAAAUGUAUCCAAGAUGGCGGACAUCUCAUUACUUCAAGUGAAAAUAUUUCGGUAAAAGAAGUUAAUAUAUAGUUUCAAACGUUCUUUCAAAUGAGAAAAUAAAAAAUUAUAUUGCCACUUCCCUUCGAACAUAAACGUUUUAAUUUUUUGUAAUCAGCAUUUUUCUCGCUCUCUUCACUGAAAAUUUGGUGAAACACUGAAACUAGGCUAGAUCUAAGAUUAGUUGCGCAAUGUCCAAUCUACCAGAACGCACGUCUAUCCUGUGAUGUGACCUUAUCAUCAUUCUUCGAUUCUUUCGAUGCUACUCCUACUAUACAUGCAAAUUACCGUAUUCUAUACUUCACACAUUACAGUGAAGUGCAUGCAUGCAGGCUAAACUAGGAUUUCGGCGUUCUAUAACUGUUACUGAAAUACUCAAUAUUUUCCUGACACUUUUAUUUCCUUACUUUAACAGGUCAAGUUAUUGUUAAUACUAAGACAAUUAGCUGCACUCCUGGUUUAGAAGACUGCCUCAUUAUUGAAAACGUUAAUAUUAUCCAACCAGAUUCUUUCUUAUACUUAUCCUUCAGACACAAAUGUGUGCCAUGUGGAAUCCUCUUUAGAAACUGUAGAAGUGUUAUGUUUGAGACAACAUAUAGGGACAUAUUUGGUGAAGGCAUAUUUAAAAAACUUCUAACUGGACAAAUAAUUAGCAAACCGUAAGAAGUAAAUUUAAAUAAACAGAAGUUUAAGAAAACGAAAUGUUUGUUAAAGUGCUUGACUAUUGAGCACCAGCGCCACCCCCUUCACGAGUAAAAUUGUCUGCAUGGCGUUAGACCGAAUAAAGUAGGGCCAGACAUUGUCGCAAGCGUCACGACAAAUGGAAGGUUUUAAAAAACAUAUCACGCAAGAUCGCUUGUACAUCAUCUUUAACAGAUUAAGUUGCAUUGUGCACUAAUGCGCCCUACUUGAUUAGUUGACUUUGUCUCACGCCAUACUCCUUUACUCGUCAAGGGGAGAGCGCUAUAGGGCUGAAUGGGUCCAAACCAGAAUGGUCAGAUGUCGGAUUAACUCAUACAGUACUGUACAGUACAGUACACAUAUACUGUACUGUACUGUACUGUACAUAUACACACAUGCGCAGACUGGACUGUACAUCAUCUUCAAUUAUUACCAUAACUAUGUAGAAAAAUGCCAUUUUAAAUAGUUUAUCCUUAGCUUAUAUAUACUGUAAUGUGUAAAAGUCUUUAAAUACUAUAUAUUUUAUACUUAGUCUUAGAGAGCAUUUCAAUUUGUAUGUGUACGAAUUACUAGGUCCAGUCGAUAAAUAUGAAAUAAUAUAUAGCAGAUAUCAGUACGUAACAUUGCAGGGCAUGUGAGGUUAUAAUUGACGUUUACGGCAGACCGGUAACCGCCACUUCAAGUCGUAUUUUGAGAUCAACUGUAAGCUGUUCGAAGUUAG